AUGGUCCGACUGUGGGCUACUAGCUUCCACAAUCUUCUCUGGGAUCCAUGCGGCUGUCAGGCCUUUGAAUGCUUCCUAAAAAAGGAAUUCAGUGCUGAAAAUCUGCACUUCUGGUUGGCCGUCAACGCCUAUCAAUUUGGACCCAUCUUUCGUCUGAAGAGCAGCUGUCUAGCCAUUUUUGAGGAAUUCUUGGGAAAAAAUGCUGUCAGUGAAAUCAACAUUGAUAGUAAAACUAUGGCUGCAACCGAGAAAGCAAUUCAGAAUCCCACCUGGUUCACCUUCGAUGACGCUAAAGAACAUAUCUACAAGCUAAUGAAGAGCGAUUCCUACGUUCGAUUCCUUCGGUCAGAGGACUACACGGCCGUGCUAAGGCUUGCAAUCAACACUCACAGCCGACGGACACUUGGCAAGAGUUCCCUCUCCACUUCUUUAUCUCCGGUGGAGGAUUUGGGUGUGGGGAUUGUGCAUAGUCCUAGCUGCGGGUUUAAUUGGUGA